CAGGGAGGAGCUUGAAAUGGCAGGGCGCGCAAUUAUUGCCUCCCCCUUCCUUCCUUUUCCUCUUUCUAUCUCCUCUAACAGCUGAAGAAACGCUCCCGGCUUUGGGUAACGGAGACUCAGGUGAACCAGCUCAAAAGUUUCAACUUUUACCCUGAAACUUCUGUCUAGACUGAAGACAUCCUUUUGUGAGACUGAAACAAGAGAGUCUCAAAAAAGUUGAAGAGGAUUCUUUUAGUCCAGCAAAAGUCAAUCACCAAAGUCUGAGUCACCGCCCCAGUAAGCAGAAUGGAGCUCCAGAAGAUGAACGGACACAGCAGGGAAGAUGGGUUUGAUGGUCUUGAAGCUAUGACGGAACAUGAAGAGUUUCUCCCUCAUAAACCUGGAGCCAAAAAAGAAAUACACUUCACCGACUUUGAGGGAAAGACUUCAUUUGGCAUGUCCAUCUUUAACCUCAGUAACGCCAUAAUGGGCAGUGGGAUUCUGGGAUUGGCUUAUGCAAUGUCCAACACAGGAAUCAUUCUUUUUAUAAUCCUGUUGGUGUUCAUUGCCAUUCUGUCUGCAUAUUCAAUUCAUCUCCUGCUAAAAAGUGCUGGAGUUGUCGGCAUUCGAGCUUAUGAGCAGCUUGGGAAUCGGGCUUUUGGUCCUCCGGGGAAAAUGCUGGCUGCAUGCAUCAUCACAGUGCACAACAUAGGAGCCAUGUCCAGCUACCUCUUCAUUGUCAAGUCAGAGCUCCCGCUGGUUAUUCAAGCUUUCCUCAGUAAAGAAGAAAACACAGGAGAGUGGUUCUUGAAUGGAAACUACUUGAUCAUCAUUGUUAGUGCUUGUAUCAUCCUUCCUCUAGCACUCAUGAAACAACUUGGUUAUUUGGGCUAUACAAGUGGAUUCUCUCUCUCCUGCAUGGUAUUUUUCCUCAUUUCGGUAAUCUACAAGAAAUUCAACAUCCCGUGUCCUCUGGAUUCUGAACAUACAAACAUUACUGAAUUCACUGAUGGACACAGUGUUAUUAACGGGACAGACGACGUCUGUGAUGCAAAGCUUUUUACAAUCAACCCCCAGACAGCGUACACCAUCCCUAUUCUGGCCUUUGCUUUCGUGUGCCACCCAGAGGUGCUGCCAAUCUACACAGAGUUACGAGAUGCCACCAAGAAACGUAUGCAGAAAGUAGCCAACUUCUCCAUCCUGGCCAUGUUCAUCAUGUACCUGCUGACUGCUCUCUUUGGUUACCUCACAUUUUAUGGUGCUGUGGAGUCUGAGCUGUUACACACCUAUAAUCGAGCAGGCGCCCUGGACGUCCUGAUUCUCUGCGUCCGUCUGGCUGUGCUGGUGGCCGUAACGCUGACCGUCCCUGUGGUUCUGUUUCCGAUCCGCAGGGCCUUGCUCCAGAUCUUCUUCCCUGAAAAACCUUUCAAUUGGGCAAUUCACAUCUGCAUCGCAUUUAGUCUCAUCUUCACUGUCAACCUACUUGUGAUCUUCGUGCCCUCUAUCCGGGACAUCUUUGGCAUCAUUGGCGCCACAUCUGCCCCCAGCCUCAUUUUCAUCCUUCCUGGAAUCUUCUACAUUCGGAUCAUUCCUGAGGACCAGGAGCCUCUUCUGUCAAGACCUAAAAUUCAGGCUGCAUGCUUCGCUGCUGUGGGAUUCAUCUUCAUGGUCAUGAGUUUGUCAUUUAUCAUCAUUGACUGGGUGACCGGAGAGUCUAGAAGCGGAGGUGCACACUAGCAGCCGUGACAGAGCUGAGAAACUACAAACAUAAUGCCAACCCCAAGCUCCCUCCCUGUGUUUAAAAUAAUCCCUGAUCUGCGGAGAUCUCAUCCAAAGCUGAACGAGAAAGUUUGGCCGCACAAUAUGAAGGACAUCUGAAGAACCCUUCACCUAGAACAAUUAAAAAAGGCAAGCAUUUCGACAUGAUGCAGGGCAGAAAAAAGCCCUGUAGAGGAGGAGAGAACACAGAAGCACUGUGUUCUGACUGAAAAAAAACCCAUGUAAUGACUCGCAGUGAGGUUCUUGUUUGGAGGCAUGUGCAGAAAUGCAAAAAAAAAGGGCUUGAAUGGGAACAGCAUGACUCAAAUGGAAAUCCAAUUUUAGAGUUUGGAUGUGCACAGUUCCCUGGAAUAGCUCAGUCACUGCCAAAUCUUUCUAAUCUACUUCCCUAUAUUUCAGAUUUACAGGACAGAAAUUAUAGCGUCAAUCCUUCUGAAUUGUUUUUUUUUUUAACCAAAACUCUCCAUCAGAUGCUAUUUCACUCUUCUUUGGGACUCCUGACCUGCUGGUGCAGUGUUGUCUACCUUUUCCCAACAUAGAAACAUAAGGGUUAGUCUGCAGUUUCACACUAACCAUUCCAAUCCAAACUAUCAAAAUAGAGCUUUCAAUCUCUUUUAAAAUUAAAUUAUAAUGUGAUUCUUUUUGUUAAUCUAUUGAAAUAAUUUAAAAUGAUCAGCUUUAAGUCUGACAUGACCUUUAUCUGUGAAUAAUCCGACAGAAAUGGUGCAAUUUGUGGUGUUCAGCUGCUAUCAGUGAAGGUCAAUCAGACAGUUACUGACAAUCAAAUGUGAGUGAACAGACACGCAAAGUUGUUUGUACAUUUUUUAAGUUAUUUCCAAACCAAAAAAAAACCUAGCUGCAAACCAAAGAAGUUAACCUUAUGUCAUAUAAAAUUAUUUUCUCUGUGUUUGGCAAAGGCCUAUAAAAAAUGUACAUAAAAAUGCAGUGUUAAAACGAUGUGUCUGUUCAGGCAGUCCAUAAAGUCAGUAUGGUGAAUUAUGAUCUAUGGUUUUUAAGGCUGGCUACCAGACGAUUUUCAAAACGUGGGAGACGGAAGACAUGUGGACUGUUUCAACCAACUUUAUACAUUUUAAUUCUAUGAAUUCAAACAUAGCAUUAUUCGGCCAGACUGCAAGACUACAUCCUGUAGUGUGUAUUAACGAUUACACAGACGCAAUUAAGCGUGACCUCAGAAGACAAACAAACAUGGAGGAUCAACAUCCACAACAAAAACAAGAUACUAGGAAGAGCAAAGGGAUGCCGAUAUUCGAUUUUUAAUGGCCAAUAUUUACAAAUUCAUUCUAGACGAUAUCAAUAAAGAUACUGAUACCAAUAUUUAAACAUUUCUCAGACCUAAAACUUCAGUCCUUUAAACACAAUUUAAAGUUUGAGGAUGAAAAAAUUUUCGUCAUUGGUCUGCCAGUAGUUACAGCUGAUAUAAGCAGAUUUCUAAAGCCUGAUGAAACGCCAAUAAUACUGUGCAUCCCUAGACAUGAAAUGAAUGAAAUCCUGGCUGAGAAUGAGUGGUAAAAGUGCACAACAUUGGGGUCUGCUUGUUCUCACUGGCAGCCUGACCUGGAAUUGUAAAUAUGGAGGCAAAUCGGGCCUAAAAUCGUCUAGGGUGUAGCCAGCCCAUUAAAAUGAAUUGAGCCUGCACUGCAAAAGCUCAUCUAAGCAUGUGUAUUUGUCUGUUUUACAGUCAAAAUAUCUGAUUACACUUAUUCUAAGUUAAAUUCAAAUGACAAGCUUGGAUAAACAUCUGAUAAUUUAAGAUAAACAUGCAGAAAAUUGGGCUGAAUUGCUUGUAAGAAGUAAAAUAAAUCAUAAAAUAAGACAAGAAAAUUUAGUUGUUAAGUGUCUUGAAUUUGGACAUACUAACUAAUUUAGACGGGCAACUCAUUUCAGGGCGAAUUUGCUUGCUGUAUUAGCAGUUUUUUUUUUUUUUUUGCUUUGUUUUUUUUUUUUUUUUUUUACUUAAAGCAAAUAAGGACCUUAUUUUCAUGCUUUUAUAUCGCUGCAAUGGAUGAAUACCAAUCUAUUUGUUAAAACAGGUGCAUUGGAGGGCAAACAAUUCAAAGGAAACUCCUGCAUUCUGUCAACUUACAAAAAAGGGUUUUUACUUGCAAUGUCUCUUUACUAGACCUGCUUGAUGAUGGUCAAAUACUAAAACAGUGCAAAUUACCCCUCUUGAAAAGAGAUAUUUAGCCAAACUUGUCAUUUGAAUUUGGCUUACCUACAACCUACAACCCUGCUUUAAUUGGACAUACCACCCUAAAUGGUGUGUUUUUAUAUGUAUGUUGUACAAAGAAACACACUAGAUUUCUUCAUUUUUGAAAAUGUAAAAGUAGAUUUACAUGUUGGCUAUCUAUUGUUCAAUGUAAUCUGGAUAGUGAUGUCAAAUGGUUGCAUCGUUCUUCCUCCUGUAUCUGUCUGAUUGUACCUACCUCAAUCUACACUGCAGUAACUUCUAUCUUGUUGUCCUGCUCACUAAAACCGAGAUCAAAACUGAAAGUUUUUAAGUAUAACUCUCCAUAGGACAAGAUGUUGGAAGAGCAUUGCAAACAUUUGGCAUUGCUAUGCAGAAUCAUUCCACAACAUUGGCUGCCAACAUGUGAAUUCAUUUCAUUUAUUUUAUUUUAGCCCCAUUAAUCCAAUCACAUUGCAGAAAGGCCUUUAACUUUACAAUAGUGCCACUAUCGCACUUUGUAGAAGUACCUUGAUUUUCAAGAAAAUAGAAAAACUUUUAUAUUUUGGAAUAUAUUAUGUUUUAAUAUACCAGAACUGUAUUUUAUUUUUAAUGCCACUUAAUAUUAGUAUGUUUUGAGUCGUGAAAUACACUCUUCAAAGCAUCAUUAUUCUCCACAUUUUCAUUGAGAUCGCAAACUGCAAUAUUGUCCAGUUUAACCAGAAUCACAAAUUAUGACGAAACCGUGCAGCACUAGCUGCAGCAAGCAGCAACAGUCAACAUGUGUUUAAUGCAAGAGAUGUUUUGACUAAAAAUGGCCAGAAACUUGCAAGAUUUGAGCUUUUGCAGUGUAUUUCUUUAUUUUUUUUAAUUGACUACAAAAUUUUGAUUUUGUAAUUCAUCCUGUACAUUUUUAAAUUAAUUUGAAUGUUGUUACCUGUCAAUAAAAUGUGUCUCUCAUUUGUA